CAGUGGCACUGCCAUAUCGACUGGAAAGUUCUCACCGCAUGGUAUUUUUCUCUUCGUCAAACACUCAUCAACCAUGGCUGACCAAAGUUUGUGUUCUGCUCUUGUUUUUGAGUUUUUAUUCCGGAAAGAUAAGAAUUUAGCUGCUGUCUUCAAGAAGAAAACUAAUGCGAAAGAUUUGGGUAAAAACUGCCCAAAGUUUGAGGACAUCGUUGGACAAUAUGCGAAACAGUUCCCCAAAAAGUUGGUAUUGAGCAAGAGUAAGGGAGGGGACUCGAGUUCUGAAGAAGACUCCUCUGACGAGGAAGCUACACCAGCACAGAAGCCCCAGCUCAAUGGGAAGCCUACUCCUGCCAAAACUCCAGCCAAGAAAGCUCAGGAAUCAAGUGAUUCCGAUGACUCUGAGGAAGAAACUGCACAGCCGAAGGUAAAUGGAAAAGGUCCAAUUGUGGGCAAUAAAAAGGCAGAAUCAAGCAGUGAAGAAGACAGCGAUGAUGAUGAUGAGAAAGUGAAGACGACACCAGCAGUUGCAAAGAAGCCAGCUGCUGCUAAGAAGGAAUCCUCAAGCGAGGAGGACUCAAGUGAGGAAGAAUCUAAAAAGCCAGCGACAAAACCAGCAGCAAAGACUCCAGCUAAAAAACCUGUGGUCGCGGCGAAAAAAGAGGAAUCAUCAAGCGAGGAGGAUUCUAGUGAUGAGGAAGAGCCGAAGAAACCAGCAGUGACACCGGCCAAGACUCCUGCUAAGAAACCCGUUGUCGCUGCAAAAAAAGAUGAAUCAUCCAGCGAAGAGGAUUCUAGUGAGGAAGAGACUACAAAAGCGCCGGCUAAAGUUACUCCAGCUAAAGCCAAGGCACCAGUAGUGGCCAAGAAAGCUGAAGAAUCUUCCGAUGAAGAUGAUUCAAGCGAUGAAGAUGAGAAGAAGGCUCCUGUGAAGGCUACACCAACUCCUAAAGCUGCUGCUCAAGCUAAAAAAGUCGCAGAAUCUUCAAGUGAGGAGGAUUCAGAUGAUGAAGAUGAACCUGCAAAGCCACCCGCAAAAACUGUUGCUGCUAAGCCAGCAGUUGCGGCUAAGAGAGCCAAGGAAUCUUCCAGCGAAGAAGAUUCUAGCGAUGAUGAACCUCCUGCAAAGAAAGCAGCUCCAGCUAAAGCUCCGGUGAAGGCAGCACAGCCACAGAAGAAAAAGGAAGAAUCUUCGUCUGAGGAGGAUUCGGAUGAUGAGACUCCAGCAACAAAGCAGCAGCCGUCUGCACAAAAGAAAGUUACUCCAGCAGCGAAAAAAGCUGAAGAAUCAUCCGAUGAUGAUUCUGAUGACAGUGACGAAGAAGAAACAAAGGUUCCCACGAAGACUCCUCCUGCUAAGGCACCUGUGAAGUCUGCCAAGAAGGCAGAAGAGUCCUCCAGCGAAGAAGAUUCCGACGAUGAUUCACCAGCAGCUGUUCCUGUUGUUAAGAAGCCAGCAGCUCCGGUAGCGGCAAAGAAGGCUGAGUCUAGCGAUAGUGACUCUGACGAUGAUGAUGAUGAUGAUGACGCUCCACCAGCCAAAAAAGCUGCAAUUCAGACGCCAAAAGCCGCAGCAAAAAGCAAGAAGGAAGAAUCAAGCGAUGAAGAUGAUUCUGACUCAGAUGAUGAGAAACCUCAAGCUCUUCCUGUGAAGCCCAAAAAGGCACCAGCUCCAGCAAAGGAUGACGACGACGAUGAUGACGAUGAUGAAGAAGAGGAGGAAGAAGCACAACCAGGCCAGAAGAGGAAAACCUUCGGAAACACCAGUUUCAACAACAAAGGAGGAUACUCCAACUUCGUCAAAGCUGGAGAAAAGCCACGUGGAAAGAAUUUCGGUGGCGAUGAUCACAAGGGAGGCUUCCAGAAGAGGCAGUCAUUUGGGAACAAUAGUUUCCAAAAUAAAUCCGACGGAGAUUGGCCAUGCAACAGUUGUCAUGCCAAUAAUUUUGCCCGGAACACAAAGUGCUUCAAAUGCGGUGAACCUGGUGGCAAUGGUGGCGGAGGAGAGAGGAAGGCCUUCACACCAAAAGAAGGCGAUUGGACGUGCACAGGAUGCAACAGAACCAAUUUCAAGUCCCGAUCGGAGUGCUUCAAGUGUUUCGUACCGCGAAGUGACGAUGCUCCGGUGCACAGUGGUGGUUCAGAGGGGGGCUUUGGAGGAUUUAGGGGAGGACGUGGUGGAGGUGGUCGUGGACGUGGAGGAUUCAGGGGUGGACGGGGUGGUGGAGGAGGAAGGUUUGAUGGCAAAAGGGAUUCAUUUGGAGGUGGCAGAAAUAGUUUUGGUGGAUCCAAUAAGAAAAUUACAUUCGACUAAAUCAAAUUUUUAAUCUGCAAAAUAAUAUUUUUUUUUAGUACUUUUCAAUUUUUUUUUUUUUCGAUUUUGACGAGCUUUUGUAUCAUAUAUAUAAAAUUUGAUGAAGAAAAGUUUUCGUUAAUUUAACUCUAUUUUCUGAGAGAGUAACUUUUCGUGGUAAUUAUUUGUAUGCAGAAAGGAGCAAUUGGAUCAUGGGGUGAAAGGGCCAACAGAGAUCUAAAAUUCACCCGUGGGAAGUCAUUUAAGCAUGAGAAGACCAAGAAGAAGAGGGGAUCGUACCGUGGAGGAACAAUAGAUACAUCAAUUAAUUCAAUUCGUUUUGACGAUUAGAAUAUUCCUUUCAGCUAAGAUUACUACUUUUUAAGUCAAAAUAGGAUUUUCUGGGGUCUUUUCUACGUUCCAAGAAUUGCUAUGAAAAUAAAUUACUGUUUUUCUACAAAAAAAAAUCAUGCAGAAUUUCUAAAGAUCUCUAAAAAAAAAUGCAAAAUUUUCAAAUAUGCAUUUACUGAAAGGUUAUUUUUUUGUUUUUAAGGAAUGUAUUGUACUCCAAUUGAAUAUUUCUGUAGCAUGAAAAGGCUCCAGAAAAUAAUAAUAUUAUAUUUUUUAAUUAAAAGAACUUGUAGACAUAUAAUUCUUACAAAAAAAAAAACAGUCUAGAAACCUUUAAGUUCACAAUAAACUUCUGUACAUCUAAACCAAAA